UAGCCCGCCCGCCAGACCCCCAGCUAGCCAGCCAGCCAGCCCACCACCCUGCCCUCCGGACUGUGCGUUUUUACGCACGGGGCUUUCCAGCGGCGGUUCUCCAGGCGUGCAGGACGAAGGGAAGCCACAGCCGGGGCGAGCCAAGCAUGAGCCCAGGCGGACUGCGGACACCUCUGCUAGCGUGGAUGGGGCUGCUGCUGCUGCUCAGCCCCCUCCGCCAACUUUCUGGGCACGGGGUGGAGAAGUGUGGAAGGAGCGAGUUCCAGUGUGGGAAUGGAGACUGCAUCCCUUACAAAUGGGUUUGUGACGGCAAAGCUGAGUGCCAAGAUGGCUCUGAUGAAGCCCCGGGUGCUUGCAAGUCUGUGACCUGUGAACAAACCCAGUUCAGCUGUGGUGGCCGCAUAAAUCGUUGCAUCGAUCUAGCCUGGCGGUGUGACUCGCAAGCGGAUUGUGAAAACGGCUCUGAUGAAGAGAACUGCACCCCUAAACCUUGCGCUGAUAACGAGUUUCGAUGCCAAAACGGGCACUGCGUGGCUCUGGAGUUCGUCUGCGAUGAAGAACACGAUUGUGAGGACGGGAGUGACGAAGUGGACUGCCUGGCCCCAACCUGCAGCUCGGAGAUGUUUCACUGCAACAGCUCGGAGUGCAUUCCCAAGCUCUGGGCUUGCGACGGGGAUGUGGACUGCAGGGACGGGUCAGAUGAGGCGCCCGGCCACUGCGGGGGGGUCAAGACCAAGCCUUGCCCUCCGCUGGAGUUCCACUGUGGGAGCGGCGAGUGCAUCCACCCGACCUGGCAGUGCGACGGAAGCUUCGAUUGCAAGGACAAAUCGGAUGAGGCAAACUGUGCUAAAGCGACGUGCCGCCCAGAUGAAUUUCAGUGUAACGACGGCACGUGCAUCCAUGGGAGCCUGCAAUGCAACCAAGAGAAUGAUUGCAAAGACCUGAGUGAUGAGGUUGGCUGCAUCAAUGUGACAACUUGCCAAGGGUCAAACAUAUUUAAGUGCCAUUCUGGAGAAUGUAUCACAACGGACAAGGUCUGCAACGGGUUAAAAGACUGCAGGGACUGGUCAGAUGAACCCCUGAAGGAGUGCCGAACAAAUGAAUGUAUGGCCAACAAGGGCGGUUGCUCUCACAUAUGCAACGACCUCAAAAUUGGACACGAGUGUUUAUGUCCCGAGGGGUUCCAGCUGAUCAACCGUAGAAAAUGUGAAGAUAUCAAUGAGUGUCUCAAUCCUGAGGUCUGCAGCCAAAUCUGCAUAAACCUAGAAGGAAGCUUCAAGUGUGAAUGUAAAGAAGGCUUUCAGAUGAACCCUACUACCAAGACUUGCAAAGCAAAAGGCACCAUCGCAUACCUCUUUUUCACCAAUCGCCAUGAGGUCAGGAAGAUGACUCUGGACCACAGCGAGUACAUCAGCCUGAUCCCCCACCUGAAAGAUGCUGUUGCCUUGGAUAUGGAAAUUGCCAACAACAAAAUCUAUUGGUCUGACAUCUCUCAGAAGAAAAUAUAUAGCACACCAAUCGAUAAGGCUCACAACCACUCCCACCAUACCACCGUGAUUAGCAGCGGCAUCCGAGACCCGGAUGGCCUGGCGGUUGACUGGGUGCACAGCAACAUCUACUGGACUGACUCUGGCCUGGGCACCAUCUCCGUGGCCAGCAGCGAAGGCUUGAAGAGGAAGACCCUGAUCAAGGAAGCCGGUGCCAAGCCACGUGCCAUUGUGGUGGAUCCUGUGCAUGGGUUCAUGUAUUGGACUGACUGGGGGAUGUCUGCUAAAAUUUCCAAAAGUGGUCUGAAUGGAGUGGACAACUUCCCAUUGGUGAAAGAAGGCAUUCAGUGGCCCAAUGGAAUAACACUUGACAUGGUCAAACAGCGCCUCUACUGGGUGGACUCCAAGUAUCACUCUGUCUCCAGCAUUGGUGUGGAUGGGGGAAGCCGGAAGACCAUCCUUGUGGAUGAGGACAAGCUGGCUCACCCUUUUGCCAUUGCGGUCUUCGAGGAAAAAGUGUUCUGGACUGAUGUCAUAAACGAAGCCAUUUUCAGUGCCAACCGCGAGACUGGCUCAGAUAUUGUCACUGUGGCCGAGGACCUGUUUUCGCCUGAGGAUUUGACGCUAUUUCACUCUGUGCGGCAACCUGAAGGUGUGAACUGGUGUGAGAAGAAUGGCAUCCCUAAUGGAGGUUGCCAGUACCUAUGCCUUCCUGCUCCCCAAAUCACUAGUCACUCUGCCAAGUACACCUGUGCCUGUCCUGAUGGUAUGCACCUGGCCACAGACAUGAGGAGUUGCACCAUAGAUAAACCAGUCUCUGAGGCUCCUGCUUCUGGCGUUACCACAACUGUGCAAUCCACUGCAAGGAUGACGCCUCUAGUGCGGCUACUCACCACAACCAGUGCUCCAAGGCAGGCAACAGAACAUCUGCCUGCUGCUGUCACAACUGUGCCCAACAGAUUUUCCCCUGGCAUCCCUGAACAUACCACAUCUGAAAUGGUCACCCUGUCCCAUCAAGCUCGAAAUGGUAUUGCUGCAGAAACAGAUGGGGCCAAGCGGAGCGGCCCACAAGCGCUCUCCAUUGUCCUGCCACUGGUGCUGAUUUGUUUGGUGUCUUUUGGAGUAUUCCUCAUUUGGAAGAACUGGCGUCUCAAGAACACCAACAGCAUCAAUUUUGACAACCCCGUCUACCAGAAAACGACUGAGGAUGAGGUGCACAUCUGUCGGAGUCAGGAAGGGUACACGUACCCGUCGAGACAAAUAGUUAGCCUGGAGGAUGAUGCAGCAUGAACCCACCUGGACGCCUGAAGUGCCUCUCUCUGGGCUUUGCUGCUUACGUUCUGGGAGAAGAACACCGGUCCCCUGCCUUCAGUUCUCUCUCAGCCGUCCAACACCGGCCACUUCCUGAGUGACUUGAUGGACCUUUCCCUCCCUCCCUUCCUCCCUCUUCUUUUUUUAAAGAAAGAAAGUGCAUUGGUCAGCUGCUGUUUUUGCAGGACUUCGCAAGGGAGGCGUGAUGGUCUUGUUGGGUUUUUUUAUGGUUUUUCUCCCCGUUUUGGUAUAUUUAUUUUUGUAUCCAGUGGUGCCGAGACACUACUGUGUCUGCUGUGUUCUGGGUCUCCUCCUUAAUCUGGGCAGGGUCACUAUUUACAUGCGAAGGAGAAUGAGAAUUUGACGAAGAGAAGAAGUCGGCGCGUCUCUGGAUGCAAGCGGGUCUUGUAACAACCUGGCCUUGGUGCCUUGCUUCACUUAAAAGACCAGCAGGCAGGCACAAAGGCAGCUUGGAAGGAAGGGGGACCUCGCCUUAGCGGAGACCAGAAACCAAGCCCACCCUGCCCGUGGGCCUCCAGACCGCUCCCUCCCAAGGCAGACGAGAGCAGCUUUUGAAGUGGACCCCAACGUAGAUGCCAUAAACGAACAAUGGGACUUUGCUCUCUCUGUCCGAAGAAGAAAGCUCCUGUUUGGAUCCCGUUGGGAGCUGCCCAGUUGGCCCAGGGCUGCCUGUUCCUCUUCAGCCUUUUCCUGUCAACCCGCCUUGCACUGGGUUCUGUUCAUGAUCUGUGUAGCCUGUAACCUUGUAAAACUUGUGUUUGCACUUGAUUCCUUUCUUUGUCUCUCUGGUCCUGUGUGGUGCCAGAAGGGUAAGAGGAAGAAAAUAAACCAAUGAGGCAAACAGGCUGGUGAUGUGGGGAGGGGGGGAAUGGUGUUGCAUUUGCUUGGUGCUGUCGCUCUCUUUGUGCCUUCGGUGCUGACAGACAAAGGGCAAUAGAUUGUGCUGGCCAAGAAACCAGGAAAUUGAAGCCAUUCUGCUGCGGGUCCUAUCUUGAUCACAGGUUUACAGUUGCCUUACACUGCGUCUCUUUUCUGCCAGGUAUAUUUUUUACAAUUAUGUCUUCAGAUUUUGUCUUGCUUUUUAUACUCUUACCCUUUCCUUUGCCAAUGAGGGGGGGGGGAUUUUUAUGUGGAGGGAAUGUGGAGUGAACACUUCCCGCCCCCGCGGGCCCCCAUAUGAUAAACUCUGAUUCUGCACCUUAGUUGUGAAGAAAAUUAUAUUUUGCAUGUGUGGCACUUUUUAAGCUUUCAUGGAUGGAAGUGUUGAAUUGCCACAUGUUCCAAAGUGGGCUGACUCUGAGCUAAUGAUGCUGUGCUCUUUUUGCCCCUGACUUUUCUGUAGUGGCAAGUGGAUAACGCCCUGAUCACUUGCUGCUUUUAAAAUGCUAUCAGUGAUUAAUUUUUACAUGGGUGUAGGAUCAGGGUGUACAUUCAAACAAUCUGCUGUAUCUAAAAUCUGUCCCAUAUCCAGUAAUGAAGGACUAAAAAAAUUCUAUUUAUCCUGUCUUUCUCUUCUUUAACACAAAGCAAAUGUUUCUAAGAUCUAGAUUAACAAAUGGUUCUUGGCCUGACACAUCCAAUUCCCUUCCACUGAC